GAGAAGGAGGGCAGGGCAUGAGGGGAGGUCCCGCCGCUCGGGGGCCCUCCGUCUCCCGCCCUCGCCGCGGUGGGAGGAGACCGAUGGCGGGUGGAUGCGGCGGUGAUUCGGGCCUGAUUCGGAGCGACGCCUGGAAAACCUGCACGGCGCCGUCCGCAGCCCUGGAGGGUCCGCCCGCCGCCAUGCGGUGGCCGCUGGCCGGGCUGCUGCUGGCGCUGCUCCCCGGCGGCCCCUCCGCACCCGCUCAGCCCCUCGCGGCGGCCACCAGGCGGGGCCCGCCCCGGGAGCCCUGCGGUCGGACGGCGGCUGGGGUUUUUGAAGAUGAUCUGUGGCUUCAGAAAGAGAUGGGAUGCCUAGUAAUGGCAGAAAUGCCCUUUCCUGUGGUCACUGAGGCAAGCAAAGCCCCUCAGCAGCUUUUGACCUCUGCAGCUUGGGACAGCCAAUGGAGCCAUUCACUGUUUGCCUUGAUACCCUCAUGGACAAAGAAGGUGUUGUUCAAACGAGAGUCUGACGUCAGCCCCCUUCUGCUUGAAGAUGUGUCCAAUAUGUCAGUGUCUUCUGAAUUUGGAAUAACCCUUCAGAAAUGUGGUAUGGUGGAUGUUGAACAUGACCCUCAAACUGCAUACAUUAAACUUGUGAUUAAUAACACCAACACAUUGCUCUCAACAAAUAUCACAGAUCUUAUCCUCCUGGACAACAUCACUGGGCUACACAUUCAAAAAAACAGUGGGAAUAAGACCACAGAUGGCAUACAGAUUUACAGGAAAAGUUUCUUGCAAGGUGGAGAACACUUUGCAAUCAACUACUCUGCACUUCUUGAUGCAGAAGAAAUGUGGCAUGGCAGGGUCUUGACUUUGCCUGCGAAGCUAACUUUCAAGAGUUCAUCACAGAAUAAAACACAUUUCGUAUCAUUGACAGCGUCAUUUACCAUAACGGAAGAAGAAAAGACCAAGAUUUUAUAUGGGCAUGCCAUCAGUGCUUCAGGGUUCUUCAUUGCUUUUUUUGUUUCCCUUGUAUUGACAUGUGCUGUCUUUUUCAUCGUUUACCGAACCCAAAUAUUAAAAUGGAGUUUCUGUAGUAAAAAUCAGGAGAUACAGCCUGAUCUCAGCCAAAAUCACAAACUGGAGCAUUCUCAAUUUAAUUCAGGUGAUCUCUUUAGUGAAGAUAUAAUUAUGAAUGACCAAAUCAUUGAUAUUCUGUUCUUUGAAGAACCUGGGAACAUGCUUCAGGCUUUAGAAGAUUUGGAGGUUGCCAGCCUGACACGGGCAGAUGCUGAUCUGGAAGCCAAUCGAACACAGAUCUGUAAAGAAGUGAUUGCUAUGAUGUUGAAGAACAUGGUCUUAAAUCACAGCCUCUUUCCUCAUGUGGAGAAGAAGAUAAGUUCAGUUUUCAAAAAGCAAUUUCUUGCAAUGGAGAAAGAGAUUCAAGAAGAGUAUGAAAGGAAGAUGGUGGCUCUAACAGCUGAAUGUAAUCUGGAAACUAGGAAGACAAUGGAGGCUCAAUGUCAAAAAGCAAGAGCUGCAAAUGAAGAGGCUGAGGAAUUAAUGAAAAAAAUUAAUGAAAAGCCUGCUAUAGAAUACAGAAGUCUUCUGGACAAACUUCACAGACUGGAACAGGACUGCCUGAAGAGGUUCCUUUUCUUAAAACAGGAGGAAUAUUUUGCAAAGGCUUAUAGAGAGCUGGCUGUUAUCCAGAGAAAGGAGCUCCAUACUAUCUUUUUUACACAGAUAACAAAUGCCACAUUAAAGGGAGAACUGAAGUUGGAAGCAGCUAAAACAUUAGUGGAAGGUUACUCUAAAAUACAGGGUGACAUUGAAGAGUUAAUGGAUUUGUUGCAAGCUUGCAAGAAGUAUCAUCUGAAUAAAAGAUUUUCUUACAGAGAGUAUCUUAUAAGUAAGAUACAGUCAAGGGAUUCCCGUGUCUCUGCUCUUAUAGAUGCCGCAGCAGCCCAGAUAUCAAGUCUCAUUAAUAUGACAGAAAGAGCAGGUCAUCUCCCUGAAAGUGAUUUGGGAAUCCUGUUGGACAGAGCUGAGACUGAAAUUAAUUUUGUUAAGCAGAAAUUUGAUCAUGAUUUAAAAGAAGAAAAGCAGAAGCUUUGCCAGAAACUCAUUACCAAGCGAAGGCGAGAAAUGCUGCAAAAGAAAGAGCAUCAGAAGGAGCAGCUGUCACUUGGAGACCCCUUCAAAACUACUGAGAUCUCUCACUACCUGAGACACUGGAAAAAUCUUCUGAGUGAUCACACCAUUGAAUUUGAGGAACUUACUGAAAAGCUUGACAAUGAAGCCAGUGAAGAGCUGAAGGAGCUUCUAUUUAGCCUAGCAGAGAAAGCCAUUGAAGAGCUUAAACGUGUUCACUGUGGAGUGUUUGUGCAAGAAAUGGUCAAGCUCAAUGUGCCAAAGUUGUUCCUGCUAGAAGCUGUGGAGGAGCACAAAAAAGAGAUGGUGGUUAAGCAUGCACAGCUUGAAAGGGAGGAACAUGACAAGAGCAUGGCUGCUGAAGAGCUGCUUCAGCUCACCAGGCAAAAGCUAAGCCAAGAGCUGGAAACAAGCAUCUCAGAACAAAAAACAAUAAGGAGCUGGGAACAGUCAAUAUUCAUGCAACUUCUAAGUUUACCCCUCUCACUUUCAGAAGAGGAGUUGCUUAGAAUGAGGCAAGAGUUGCACUGCUGCUUCUCUCAGGUGGACAGCAGCUUGGCUUGGCCCAAGAUAAGAGCAAGAACCUUGCUUCAGGCUUUUGAAGUGGAGCAGAGGGACACCAAGGUGCUGAAAGUUGAGCAGAAUUUAGCAAUGACCAACAAACAGCAGCAUUCUAAAAUGGGAAAAACAGGAUCCAGGAAUAGAAAUAAAUUAGAUAUUCUGAAGAAAUCUUUACAGGACAAAAUUUUAAUUUACAAAGACUCAGUGAAAGGUGAUAAUUUGAAUAGGAUUAAGUAUGAGUUGCAGCUUGAAAAAGAGUGUCACCUGCACAAUCUGGAAAAUAAACUUGGAGAGUAUAUUGCUUCUUUAGCCUUUCAAAAGACUGUUAAAAAAUCUAAAAUGCUGGAGCUGUAUACUGCUAUCAUAAAUGUGCAAGCAUUGCUCUUUGAACAACUGAACACAUCAAAAACCCUGUCAAAACUAGAAUGUAUUCAGAUUUUAGAAGCACAUAAUCCUGAGAUAGAAGAACUUAACAGGAAAUUGGAGUAUGAGAUGAUGCAUAAGGAGUCAGCGCAGCAGCAUCUAAUGAGUAGGGAGAGGUGGAUUCUGGAUGGUUUGGGACUCUCAAAUGAAGCUGUGGACACGAAUGCAGAAAGACAUGUGACAGUUUUGUUAAGACAGGCCAUGAAUAAAUGUAAACAAUUUAUAAACCUGUACCAGAAGAGCUUGAGAGAUGAGCAAUGGAAUUGCGUGGUGCUUGAAGAUCUCCUGGAAAAUAUAGAAACGAAUGCAUUUUCAGCAAUUUAUAGUCAGGAGCUCCGUCUGGCAGGUUAUUUAGCUAAACUGACGAGGGUGCCAAUGGGGGUGUUGCACAGGGUCCUGAACUUGUUGCUGCCCUCCAGCUCACAAAGUGAGGUUCUUUCUGUCCUUGAUUCCAUCAGUGAAUAUUCAGAUGGUGGUGUUGAAAGUGACAGUAAUGCAGAUGAGUCUGGCAGCUGUAAGAAAAGGAAGAGCCAAGAGUUGUGGCAAGCACUGGAGAACAAAAUAAGGCAAGAUCUGAUAAACAGAAGUUUAGAAAAGAUCCCUUCUCUAAACAAGAGAAAAAACAGCUUGAUAAAGAAGAAGCAACUUGCUCUCUUGGAGAAAGCAGCAUUCAUUCAUCUGGGAUGUUCACCUGCACAUCCUCCUCCGGAACAGCCUGAUCCACCUGUUUCUCUGAACUCUGCAACUGCUGAAGCCAUAGAGCUGUUAGACACAGGGGAGAAGAUAUUUUUGUUCCGUGAGCCAAGUGAUCCAAUACUUGCUUUGCAUAAUUUUCCAAGAAAAAAGAAAAAGAACUUUCUUAAUUCUAAAAAGGCUGCUCGUGCAAACAUGGGCUCAUAAGAGCAAUUUUCAUUUAAAGUAUCAAUUAGGGAAGAGGAAGUUAGUAAACUUAUGAGGAAGAAUGAAGUGUACGGUUCAAAUAACACAUGUGUUUUAAUCUGAUUUGUCUGAUAUUGGAAGCAGAUGUAAUUUUGGAAUGGCACAAUUAGUGAUGUGCAUCUUGCAUUUUUUAUUUCUUGUCAGUGCUUUGUUUCCCUAGUUGAAAUAUGGGUGUACUAUGAUGCACAUUCUGGCAGGCAGGACUCUGUGUUCCUUCACUACAUUUUGGUCAUUUUUGCACUGAUUUUACCAUAGCUGUAUUUUCAUAAUUUAUACAGAAAGGUUAUUUAUUGUAUAUAGUAGGUACUGAUUUACUAUUCUUGUAUUUAUAUUUUUGUGGUAAGCUGCAAUAUAGCAGAUGACACGAAGAGAUGAAAUGGAUGAACCACAUGUCCUCUGUUCUCUGAUUUUAUGUUAUCUUCGUUAGUUUACUGUUUAACAUUUUGUUCCUAAUAGGCUUUGCAUGUUAAUUCUGCAGUUUGUGUUCUACAGUGACAGCUGGUAGGCCAGAUCUUCAGCAUAUACUUGUGUACUUGGCCUUUCAUCCUGCAGUAACUUCAGCAUUUCGCUGUUUCUAAACUUAAAUCAGUUGAACUGUGAGUGUGGCUACAGUUCCAAACUGUUAAAUAUUUACAACCUGUUGCAGUUUUUUUCUUGGCGAACAGUGUCAUCACAUUUGCUCAGUAGAAAAGUGAAAAAUGGAAAUGGGCAUGUAAUGCCUUCAGAAGCUCUUUUGAUUGCAUUUUUUGCCAAUUUUCACAAUUUUAGGUAUUUCUGAAGUUCUUAUUCCUGAAUUUCUCUAAAGUGAUGAGACUAUAAUAUUACACUUCAAAAAGAGUUAAUUUUUAAGCCCAUCUAGUUGACUCAAAGAACCCUAUAAAAAUGAAUUUUAAAAAGAGGAACAGGAAAAAGCUAAUUAAAAUAACAAUAUGUAUUUGUUAAUAUAUUAUUCAAGCCUGUUUUGAAGGAGUUGUAACUGUAUUUGAAUGCUGUGCUCUGAGGCCACUGUGAUCAUAUAUUUUGCAUUUUUUCAUGUACAGAUUUUCUAUGCUUUUUUAUAGGGUGCCAUAUUAUUUUAAAAUUAAAAUGCUACAAUAUAUGUGCAUGUGCAGUGGGUAUUUUUUCCCUCACUUCUUUGACAAGUUUAAAUAUUCAUCCCACAGUAAACAACAAUUAGUGUUUGCUGUUACUGCUAGCAUUAGAAAAUGUAUGCAGUAAUUAGAUUGACAAUCCUUAUUAUUAUUUGAUUGCAUUCUUCAGUCAUUUCAUGGAAAUAUUUGCUGUCACAGAAAGAGGAGUCUGCCAGGGUUGUGGGAGUUCAGUUGCUGUUUUAACUGUCUGGUAUUUCAUCCCUAAGACAGGGGUGGGUGAAGAGAAGGGUCUGUCCUGCCUUGGAGUUGGCCAGAGCUGUAUAGGAGGAGCCUCAAGUGUUUCAGAAAGAGGCAAGAGAGCAAUUGCCCCUAGGCAAGAAAGUAAUUGGAAAAGUUGGACAGCUCAUGGCUGCAAGGAGCACUUGAAAGCUGAGGUACCUUCUUGAAUGUCAGUCCCUUCCAGGAUUUCUUUGCAAGCCCAGACUCUUCACUACUACAGUAUAAGAGGGUAAUGACAGUAACUCAUCAUGGGUAAGACAUGGAGGCCAAUAGCUCUAAUUGGGUACACUAAUAAAAUGCAAUAUCUGAAUAUUGAUUACAAUAGCAAUUUUUUAUCCUUAAUAGGUAAUCUCUGUGUCUGGCUGAUUUGUAACUCUGUCACACCUCUUCACAAAUUUGAAGUGGUUCAGUGAUUGUAACUAUUCUAGCAGGAAAAGUUACUCCCUGCUAUGAGUCACUCUUCUAUCAAGCAAUACAUAUUCAAAGAAACGUCCAGAUCUUAACAUCUCUUGUGCCUUGUGAAAGAAGUACUAAAUAGGAAAUAGCCUGCUUCAGUAAAGUUGACUUAAAUUCAGCUUUGAGUUGCUCAGAGGACAGAGGACCAGCUGUAGAUUCUGCAGAUUUGUGUGUGUGCCAUAGGUAUUAUGGUUCUUAUUUCACAGCUGAAGUCUCUCAAGCCAUUCAAAUUCAUCCCAUUUGGCUUCACAGUCAUCAACACAGGAGGUUGUAUAAGGCCAAGUUCUUCAGUAUUUGGAAUGUUGUCCAAAUCCGUUGUGUUCCCGUGGAAGUUCAUUGCUUCUCCUGUUGCCCUUGACAGUUCCCUGUGUACUCCCAUCUCCAAUGCACUGCUGUCUUCCCUCAGUAUGAAGCCAUUGGACAAGGAGCCAAAACAUACAAAGAACAAGCAAAAGUAACUAUCUUUGGACAAUGAUGCUUUAAUCCAUACAAUAAAUAACAACUUAAUGGCAAUGGUAAAUUUUAUUGCAGAAAUUAUUCUCCAUACUGGACUAAUAAACUGUAGCUUUUUAAUGUUUUUUCGACAUGUACUUCAGUAAUGUUAGCUUGCAGCUAACAGCCCUUGUACUCAGGUUUCAGGAUUUUCAGGAGGCUUAGUUAUACAUAGGCUCCACAGCAUUAUCAACAACCCAUCUUUCUUGCUGUAUUUUUGGCUUUGGAUAUCUGGAUACUGGAUCAGCAUGCCAUACAUAUUCCUUACUCUGUCAAGCUUUUAAAUAAAAUACUACAUUUUGAAGGUUGGUGGUUUUUUUAAUAAAAUGGAUCCCACAUGAUGCAAAAUAUUUUAGGGAAGAUGUACUAAAGUCCCCUGCAGUGAUUGAGGUGAAAAUGCUUCUGUGAAACAAAUGGGUUGAGAUUAUUGAUCAUAAAUUUAUAUUUCAUUUCUUUAACCUUGCUAUUGUGUAUUAAUUUAUUAUGAAGUAGAAUACAGAUGCUAAGCCUAAUGAAAAAUAAUUCAUACCAAGAGUGAGUAACUGGAUGUUCUGGGAGAGGCUAUCUGUGUCAAAGUCAAUCUGUUGUAAACAAAAGUGAGAAUACCUAUAUGGACCUGGCACUUCACUACAGAAAAAUGUAAAAAUGGAAGUAAAAGGAUUGGUGGAAAUAAUUGUUAUGUUUAAUAGGUAUCUCUUACUCUUCACUGAUUACUGUAACUGUUUUUAAAGUGAUAAUGUCUCUUUAAUAAGGUCAGUUCUGCAAAAUACUUGUCUGCCUUAUUUGAACCUGGGGAACUCAUGCUGAUUUCUUUCAUUAGCUGGUAUUUACCCAGCUGCUAUUUUAACACCUUCAUUUCUUCUGGGGAAUGUUAAGUUUUUAUGCUGUUACCUUUGUACAACCCAGUGCCAAUAAUUACACUGCCUUUUGUCAACAGCUCCAGCUUCCCAAGAGACUGACAGUGGGAUUUUCAAAGCAUCAAAUUCCAGGUUCACUCAUCUGUUGCCCCCUGCUGUGCUUAUGCAGCCUUAGGUGUACCAGCAAAAAGCUUAUUUUCCUUGCUGAGUUAUAAAGCUGUAUUGUCACAGGCUGUUGAGAGCUGUGUGGGUUCAUAUGAAAAGCAAUACUUGCAAGUGAUGAACAUUAUCCUCCUAGCUGAGUGCUCCAGGUAGGAUCUAGCCUUUUCCACAUUCUGUUUCGCCACUCAAGAUCUCUUGUAAAAAUGACUGGCAAAAGCCACCAGCUCAGGUCUUUAGUACUGUUGUUCUACUUAUUUUCUUGUUAUUCACAGGGAAUAAGGCAGGGAAAGUCAGUCAGAUGCCACACUUGUGAAAGACUAUAUAUACAGUGGGCUCAAUGUUGGCAACUGUGACCUAAAUUUAAUUUUAAUCUCAUUAAUAUAUUUAAUGAGAACUGGUAAUGUCCACCUUUGUAUUUGAGUGGUCUUGUUAUCUAAAACCACUAGUUAGUUUUCUCACCUCAGCUGUAUCCAGAAGCUUGAGUCACACUGACCAAAAGCAAUUUGUUUUCUCCAAGGUUCACAGAUGCCUCUGGAAAGCAGAAGACAUACAUUUGCAGGGAAGUGAAUUUUGAAAAGGUCAGCUUCUUUGGAGCAUCUUCUUCAAUCAUUCCAGAGAAGCUACCUCAGAAAAGAGGCUGUGUACUUGCAACCAUUUUUGUUUGAAAAAAGAUGACUGAGUAAGAAAAUAAAGCCUGGAAGUGGCAGGUAUCAUUCCAAGCCAAAAUAGCACUCAGAAUCUGAGGGCAGAACUUGGUAAAUUUAAUCAUUGCUGAUAGAAUUCAGUCCUUGAUACUGUGUAGUUGAGAAUGACAGCUGGUUACAAGAGGUGAACGGUUUUAUAGUUACUCAGUUGAUCAAAGAUGCAGUGUUUCAGAAGAAGUAAAAUAUUUUUCAGGAGUAUGAGCUGAAAGGCCAUUAUAAAAUACCUUCAGUGGAUAGAUGUGCAAUGUCUGUACUAAAUGGGAUAAAUGUAUAAUUGUUUGUCAUAUUUUUCCAAUAUAUUGUUGUUCUGCUUAUGGCUUGACCAUCACUAGUAAUUAAAUCUUGUCACA